GACGAGCGCUUCCAGACCGACGACAGCAGGAGUACCAAGCAGCAGCCCAAGCAGCAGCUGUCCAAGGCCAUGGAGCACAUGCGCUUCGCCGUCACCGUCGACCCCGUCCCCCAGGCCGCCGCGACGGCCGCGACCUCGCCGCCGCCCGCGACCGGGAUGGAAAACGACGCAUACGGCGUCCCCGCGGCCAUCCAGCCGCUCCGCAACCCCGCGAGCCGCUCGCACGACCCGUCCAACAACCAGAAGCGGUCCGACCCCUUCUCGUUUGGCAGCCGCGUGCUCGAGGAGGGCGACAACAUCUUCGAGUUCAACGCGUGGGACAAUGUCAGCGUCGACGACACGUACAAGGCCUUUAGCGAGACGCAGUUCGACGCCCAGCGCGCCGCCCCCGUGUCCGACUUUGACAAGAAGCGCUUCAACGACGCGCCCGAGAAGUGGUGGAACACCUUCUACAAGAACAACAAGACCAACUUCUUCAAGAACCGCAAGUGGCUGGCGCAGGAGUUCCCCGUCCUGAGCGAGAUAGGCGCGGCGCACGCGCCCGCCGCCACCGUGCUCGAGGUCGGCGCUGGCGCCGGCAACUCUGCCUUUCCCAUCCUGCAGACGAGCAGCAACCCGCGGCUGAAGAUCCACGCCUGCGACUUUAGCAAAAAGGCCGUCGAGCUGAUCCGCGGGCACGAGCUGUACAACGCGGACCUGAUCCAGGCCGACGUGUGGGACGUGGCCGCCAGCCCGGACAGCGACAACGGCGGGCUCCCGCCGGGCCUCGCCGAGGGCUCCGUCGACGUCGUGCUCAUGAUCUUCGUCUUCUCCGCGCUCAGCCCGCGCCAGUGGGACCAGGCCGUGCGCAACGUCUGGCGCGUGCUCAAGCCCGGCGGCCAGGUGCUGUUCCGCGACUACGGCCGCGGCGAUCUCGCCCAGGUGCGCUUCAAAAAGGGCCGCUACAUGGAGGAGAACUUUUACGUGCGCGGCGACGGCACGCGCGUCUACUUCUUCGAGCAGGACGAGCUCGAGUCCAUCUGGCGCGGCACUCGGCGCGCCACAGGCGACGCGGACGCAGCUGCAGACACGCACCCCCGGCCGGCCUUUGACGUCGCGCACUUUGGCGUCGACAGACGCAUGCUGGUCAACCGCCAGCGGCGCCUGAAAAUGUACAGGUGCUGGAUGCAGGCCGUCUUCAAAAAGCCCAGCACAGACAACGGCCUGCAAAGCAGCGUGCCAACGAGCACGCUACGGCAGGACAAG